AUGAACCCACCUGGACAUCCCCGUCCUAUUGAGGACUUCCCGCUUGCCGACGCGGAGCCUCUCCCCCACACCUCCCGCGAGGCGUAUAUUGAGCUGGCCAAGCUGAUCGCACUGCCAUGCCCGGAGAAGCUCCCCACGAGCAACAUCACUGCCAAAACGCAGAAGCUGGCGCAUGAGCUUCUGUACAACCUCGGCAUCUCUGCCAAGAUUGUCGAGAUGUCGCGCAAGGCGCUCGAGGUGACCUGGCCACCCAUCCCCGGCGCCGACUACGAAAAGCUCAGAGCCGGCAACAAUACAUGCACUGCUACUCCUGGCGAGUACUCACACUUCGACGACGAAGAGAUGCGCAGGAUCUUCGCCGGGAUGGAGACCAGGCAGGAGCGCCUCCCCACCGCGGCGCUCGCGCUGGUGAGCAGCGCGUACCAGAGCUCCAGCCUGACUGCGCCGACCAUCGACGACCCGGACGCGCGCCGCUUCAUCGACCUCGACACCUACAAAUCCUUCCUCCACUCGUGUCUCGAGGCCCUCAAAGACCUCAAGGACGAUAUCCACAACCUCGAAGUCGCCACGAAUGCGCUGCAUGUCGAGAAUCAGCGGCGCAAGGGCAUCCAAGUCGAGUCUGAGGGAGCAGAACACCCUCGCGACUGCCCAGACUGUGUGCCGGCUCUCGCAGCACCAGCUGCCGGAGGCGAUGCGUGGAGUCAGAACCACCCGAAGCUUGCGGAAGAUAAGCUGGAGGGCAACGUCUACCGGGCCGUGGCCAAGGGUCUUGCGAACAAGGAUAUUAUGGACGAAUACGCGAAGGUAGCGGAGAACAUGAAGGCCGCGAAGGCCGCGAAGGCCACGAGCGCCAGGGCCAAGGACACUGUUGACCACGACGAGGUCGCACAUGACGCACAGCCAGAAGCCCCUCCUGCCACUGGCUUUUGCCGGUUUGGCCUUGGUAAUUUCCCUCCCAGACUGACCUAG